CCACCCCCUGUGACGCCAGCGGCCGCCAGGCAGCCGGGGGGAUCCCGGGCAACUCCCAGCCGGUGCCCCCGCACCCACACCUCGGCGACUCUCUCACCGACAGCCCCACAGGCUGAGAAAGAGGAAAUCCCCGUCGCCGCUACUCCCAGGUCUUGGAUCUCCCCGGCAGCCCAUCCGGUGAAAUCGGACGAACUAUGUCUCAGGCAGCCGCACUAUUCAUUCUCCUGUUCGGCUGCAGCUCCCUUGCUGGAGUCCGGAUGCUGCGAAUCAACCAGAGACCCAUCAUCGGGAUAUUGGCACAGGAAUCACAUGAUCCAGUUCUUCUUCCGCAUGGGAAGACUUACAUUGGUGCGCCUUAUGUGAAGUAUCUGGAAUCAGCCGGCUGCAGAGUGGUGCCAAUCAGGCUGAAUUUGACACAUGAAGAAUAUGAAAGGAUAUUCUAUUCAAUCAAUGGUGUUCUCUUCCCUGGUGGAGCAGUUAACAUGAAGACAUCCAGUUUUGUUAAAGUUGCAAAAAUAUUCUAUGAUCUUGCAGUAAAGGCCUUUGAUAGUGGUGAUUAUUUUCCUAUAUGGGGAACUUGUUUGGGACUACAGGUCCUGGUCACGCUGACUGCUGGAAAGGACUUACUGAUAAACACCGACACUGAGAACAUUUCUCUCCCACUUAAUCUGACCAAUGCUGCCGCAUCUAGUAAAAUGUUCCAGAACUUUCCUCCAGAUGUUUACGGUGCUUUGCCCAUUGAGCCUCUGGCUGCAAACUUCCAUCACUUUUCCCUUCCCGUACAGACUUUUCUGGAAAAUGAGAAACUGGAUAAAUUCUAUUCGAUCCUGACGACUAACACUGGCAGAAAGGGUGUGCAGUUUGUGUCAACUAUGGAGGGCAUCCAUUAUCCUUUCUACGGGGUUCAGUGGCACCCAGAAGUAAGUCGGUUUCAGUGGCAGCUGGAUAUGGCUUUCCCACAUUCUCCACAUGCCGUUCAAGUUUCCUUUCUCCUGGCUGAUUUUUUUGUAAAUGAAGCCCGGAAGAGCUUGCAUUAUUUCCCAAGCCCAGAAGAAGAGAAAGCAGCUCUGAUCUAUAACUACAACCCACAAUAUAUACCUGCAUCCAGCUAUAUCCAGGUCUACUUUUUCUAAAGAAUUACAAAUUAGGUUUUAGUUAUUGAAAUAAUUUUGAAAGAUAUCCACAAAAUUACCUCCAGCAGAAAACACAUUAUUUUCAACUCACCGCCAUACUAAUCUAAAGUGAUGGAAUGAAUAUGGUCAUCACUUUCAGAUUCAGACCCUGAACUUAAUUGCACUAUUAAUAUGACUUGCAAGCUUUAAAGCUUACCAUUCCUAACACACUACUCUGCAAUUUCCCCACUAUUUUGUUAUAUCUGCAUCAUUUCUAUGGUGAUAUAAUUACUUUAAUAAAUAUAUAUUCCGCAA